CACACUCUCCCUUUAGACUGUCACAAUAAAAAGAAACUAUGAGAAUUGAGGAAGUCUCUCAGUUCUGCCUGCAGCACUGAGCCACAGAUCAGAGAUCAGCUGACUGACGUGUUCCUCUCUGUCUUUAUCUGGAACCUUGUUCGUCAGAACAAUGAUUAACCUGAGCGAGUUAUCAGAGAGGUUAAAGAACGAAUCCAGUGUCAGUCGGUCCGGCGGAGAGGAAGCUGCUCUGCACACAGCCAGCAGCCUCCCAGUCUCACAGCCAUGGACCCGUUUGACGGCUCGACAGUGACAGAAACGUUGCGGCGGGUUUCAGCCGAGCUGGGCUGCAGUCCGACCUCUGCAGACGUGGCUGCGUACCUCGACAAACACGACAAACUGAGACAUCUCAGGGACGAGUUCCUGGUGCCCAGGAUAGCAGACCUGCCUCCCUCUGAUCCUUUGCUGGUCGAUGGCACCAAAGAAUGCAUCUACCUGGUGGGGAACUCACUCGGGCUUCAGCCCAAAAAGGCCCGGAAGUACCUGGAGGAGGAGCUGGAGAAGUGGGCCAAAACGGGCGUCCACGGUCACACGGGAGGCUCUCGGCCCUGGGCCUGGGCCGAGAACAACAUAGAGGAACUCAUGGCUAAUGUCGUCGGAGCUAAAGCUGAGGAGGUGGCACUGAUGAACGGCCUGACAGUUAAUUUACACCUUCUGAUGCUUUCCUUCUACAAACCAACAGCAGCUCGCCACAAAAUCCUCCUGGAAAACAAAGCUUUUCCCUCAGACCACUACGCCGUCGAGUCUCAGAUCCAGCUGCGAGGAUUCGACCCUCAGGAGAGCAUGUUGCUGCUGAAAGCCAGACCGGGAGAAGAGACUCUGAGAACGGAGGACAUCCUGGAGGUGAUCGAGAAGGAGGGCGACUCCAUCGCCGUGGUGAUGCUCAGCGGAGUUCAGUAUUACACCGGCCAGCUGUUCAACAUGGCCGCCAUCACUGAGGCCGGCCAGAGGAAGGGUUGUUACGUGGGGUUCGACUGCGCUCACGCUGCAGGAAACGCCGAGCUGAAGCUGCACGACUGGGGGGUCGACUUCGCCUGCUGGUGCUCCUACAAGUAUCUGAACUCAGGGGCUGGAGGUCUCGGCGCUGCAUUUAUCCACGAGAAACACAAAGACACCAUCAAACCUGCGCUGCUGGGAUGGUGGGGACACAACCUGGACACUCGCUUCCAGAUGAGUAACGUGUUGGACCUGCAGCCCGGAGUGAGCGGCUUCAGACUGUCCAACCAGCCCAUCCUGCUGGUCUGCCCCCUGCAGGCCAGUCUGGAGGUGUUCAACAUGACCAGUAUGCAGGCGCUGCGCAGGAAGUCCGUCCUGCUGACGGGUUACCUGGAGUUCCUGAUCCAACAGUAUUACACCAAAGACCCGGCCAAGCCUCACAAACCUCACGUCAGCAUCAUCACGCCCUCCGACCCUCAGCAGAGAGGCUGCCAGCUCUCACUCUGCUUCUCCAUCCACAUCCAGAAGGUCUUCCAGGAGCUGGAGAAGAGAGGCGUCGCUUGUGACAUGAGGGAGCCCAGCGUGCUGCGUAUCGCUCCGGUGCCGCUCUACAACUCCUUCAGCGACGUCCACCGCUUUGUGGAAACGCUGGGAGCAGCGCUCGCCGCCAGCAGCCGAUGAGUGACAGCUGUGAACUCAGACCAGUCCACAACCAGAGUGUUUGAAUGUGACCUGGACACAUUUUACUUAAUCUGAUCUUGUACUUGAAAAAACAACCAUCACCUCUGUUCCCUCACCUGCUGCCCACCUAACACACCAAGACACAGAGUAAGACCAAGUUUUCUGACCAUCUGCUAGAGAACACAGCUCACCACUCUCCAAAUGGAAUAAAACAGGACACACUCAGAACGUACAGAAAGUAAUAAAAUGAAACAUCUGAACAAGAACAGUCUCAUGAGUAUUUGACAUUACAGCACUUCCUAGACUAUGAAGCUAACUUGGCUCGUAGACAGUAGUAGAAUGUGAUGUCCAAAUUUAUGAAGCAGUGACUGAAUGUAUGCUUAGGGUGAAAAAUACUCAAAAAUACUUGGUCAGAUUGAAGUCUCCCACUUCCUUCUACCAGCUCUCCAUGUCUGAGGAAAGACACUGCACUCCACACUGCAAGAAAUAUCAGAAGAAAAGCUGCUGGAAGCAGGAAGGAAGGAAACAGAUCAAAUAUCUUCACUAAAGUAAAAGAUAAAGAUAUCGUGUUACUUAAUAUUACUUUGGUAAAGUCAAGUGUCAUGCCCAGUGCUUCGAAGACUGUUAUUGUUCAGAUGUGUUUGGUUUUGUGGUUUUUUGUACAGACAACACGAACAGAAAGUUAUAAAACCAAACACAUCUGAACAAUAACAGCCUCAUGAGAACUUGACAUUAUGCUGAGUCAUUGUGUAAACUAUUUAUAUAUGAAACGAAAUUAUACUAACAUUUGUACAAUACAAUCAUUAAAAUAAAAAAUAAAAAAAGUUAAGCCUAUCACGUGACGUCACACUGGCUUGUUUUGCUGUCCGCCAUUACGCCACAAGUGGGACGUCAAGAAGAAAUAACCGGCUUACUUGCCCUAAAGUCCACUUCUUGUUCUUCUCCUGGACUCAGAUUCCCAUCAUGCAGUUCUUCGCUGUAACGCCGCCCCAGCCAGAGGCAUGUGGAGACCAAGACCACGACCACAUUGAAAGGAGUGAUGAAUGAACAGAGAGGACCUGGAGGAGCUCCCACUAAAGCUGAGAAAUGGACACCUGGACCACACUAUGAGUUUUGAAUGUAGAUUGCUAACUAACUUUGCAUGUCAUGACUUUUGGAACCUCAAGGCUUUUAACAUUUAUUCUUCAUUGUGUAUCAGAUGAUUUACAAACUAAACUACUUGCUCUUGUCAGAUUCAUCAUGUCUCCUGCUUAUCAAUAAAGAUUUGCUUUCAGGCUCUCGCGAAAA